CAUCACUGAGGGUUGGGUUACAGGGGUGUGGCGCCACCAUCAACGAUCAUUUCCUAAUUCAUCCGCAUCGCCGAAGAAGGAAGCGCAGCCAUGGUGCAGGGUCUCAAGGAGAGAUUUGAAAAAUUCCUUCAUGAGAAGAACCUUAUGACAGAUGGUCUAGCGAAGAUCGAAGCCAAAACUGGAGUAAACAGGACGUACAUCGCUGUUGGAGUCAUAGCUGUGGUCGCAGUUUACCUCGUCAUUGGUUACGGAGCCUCCCUGCUGUGUAACCUCAUCGGAUUUCUUUAUCCAGCCUACAUAUCGAUUAAGGCAAUUGAAAGUGCCACAAAAGAGGAUGAUACAAAAUGGCUGACCUACUGGGUGGUGUAUGGACUCUUCAGUGUGGCAGAGUUCUUUGCUGACAUCUUCCUCUCCUGGUUCCCUUUCUACUAUAUUGGAAAGUGUGCCUUCCUGGUGUGGUGCAUGGCUCCUACUCCUUCUAAUGGGUCGAUCCUGAUCUACCUACGGGUCGUCCGACCGGUGUUUCUCAAGAAUGAGGCCAAGAUUGAUGAUGCAGUGAAAAACAUCAAGGACAAAGCGUCAGAGGCAGCUGACAAAUUCAAAGAUGAGGCUAAGAAAGCCACAGCAAACAUCAUCUUUGAGGAGAAGAAAAGCUCCUAAGAGUGAUGCCUUCACACACAGUCAGCUCUGGAUAUGACCGUGAUGCAGAAACAAAACGGGCUUUAAGUGUUUUUAGGUCAUUUCAAACUAGUCUGUUAGGUUGAGCUUCAUGCUGGAUGUGUUUCAUUUAUUCCUCGUAUCUCAUGCAUCAAAUAAAGCUUUUCUUAUACCUGUUUGCCUGUAUGAUGUUCUCAUUAGUGUAUGCUUCAUCAACCAAAUAAAACAGAUAAACCUAA